AUGACAACACUUAGGUGUGAGAGGCAUAACUGUGACAUCAAGGAUUUCAGCUGGUUUGGGAAAGAUAAUUUGAUGCAAAGAGCUGAAUCACUGGCUGCAUUACAGACUCAAGCAGUGGAAUUAGAAAACAUCCAGGUUUUGGGUGAGGAGAUUCUAGCCUCGUGUCACCCAGAUGCCAUAAUAACGCUCAAAUCUUGGAUCAGCGUCACUAAAACCCGCUAUGAGGAGGUUGAGGCCUGGGCCCAGCAGCAGAGCCAGAAGAUCCAGGCCAGCUUGGCAGCGCUGGACGAAGCAAAAGAAGAAGUCCAGAGUCUGCUGGACUGGAUCUCAUCAGCAGAGGAAGCUCUCAACCUGAGGGAUCAGGAGUCUCUGCCUGAGACCUCAGAGCAGAACCAAGAACUGAUUGAGCAGCACAUGGUGUUUAUGGAGGAAAUGAACAAAAAGUUUCCAGAAAUUCAACAUGCCACAAAAUCCUGCAAACACAAGAGCUCUCCCAAACAAGUUUCCCCCAGCAAGCGGCCACUCACAAAGAGGAGAAGCACGAUGAAGCUGCCGCCUGUUGUACCCGUCCCCCUGGAGCACCUUGACCCCCAGACUCCCCCGCUCACUCAGCUGGUCAGUCAGUGGCAGAAACUUUGGCACCUGGCUGUGGCGAGACAGAAUCGCUUGGCACAACACCAACAAAUGCUCAGAGAGGUGACUAUGGAUUUCCAGAAUAUCUUUACAAUUGUGACAAAGCUUGAAGAGCAAUGCAGUAUACUCCUGGAGUUAGUUUUGUGA